GUUUUGGCAGCGUGAAACGUCAAACGGUGUUCGAGUGACGCGACGUGCGGUUCGUACUACUCCGCAGUUAACUGAAAUUAUAAAAGUUUAUUAAAAAAUUGCAUUUUGCUGGUUUUUAGCAAAAAAAAAAGGAAAUCAUUGUGAAGGAACGGGUGAAGUUUGUUGCAUAAUUUAUAUACCAUAUGCUGUAUCGAACAGAGAAUAUUCCUCCUGAGAUACUGCUGAUAAACGUGUAUUUGAAUACAAAUUUGAAAUGCCAAGAUCGUCAUAAAACAUUAUAAUUAAUUCCUUAACGAAUUACUUUUAAUGUUUCAUUGCAACAUUCAAAAGCAACUGAUAAAUGAACAUCGCUAAGAUUAAAACGAGCAAUAAUAAAGAUAAUCAACAGGCGAUGGAAUGCAUACAGUUUAUUGAUGGAAAUGAGUACACGGACGAUGACGUAAUGUCGUCCAGCAACAAAAGCGUGGAUGAAGUUAUAAAUGAUGCAUUAUUAGAAAAACUUUGUUCUUUUGCACUCAAGCCUCAAGAAAAUGAUGAUACUAUUAAAUCCAUUUUGUUAAAAAUUAUGACGCGUGUGACCUCCUCAGAUCGUUACACGCGUGAAAGAGCAUUGGAGAAACUCUGGCGUAAAAAUUUUAGUAACGCAGAGACUUUCGUCACACUCCUCGAGAAUUGCAGUAUAAUCCAGCAGAAACGUGAACGGACAAAUGACAUAAGUAUAGGACAGAUCAAUCGCAGACCUGCGGAUGAUUAUCAAGUGACCUAUGACAGAUCUUAAAUUCAUUCUUCCUAUAUGAAUUCCCCAAUAAAGAAAAGGCCCCGGCCGGGUUGAAACAAGGCACCUCUAAUAACGGAAACCUAGUUAGCUAGGACCCAGCUUCGCGCGCACGAAUACGUCCAAUCACUAUACAACAUCGUGAUUGGCUUUUUCCGUGGCAUGGAAACCGAAAGGGGCUGAAACUAGGCACUCGCUAGUACUCCAAGAGUUAAUAAUCUAAUUGUAAGUUCAGUUCAGAUAAUUCCUUGUUAUAGUGACAGAUUCUUUGAUUGGGCCUCAUCAAUGUCCAGAACAGAAUUUGUGUGUUUAUUUACUGUGAAUAUAAUGGACCGUAAAAGAAUUCGAACCGGUUCAAUGUGUGUGCGAAACUUGUAAAUAUUCUAGCAAUGCUUAGAUAUAACAUUUGAGCUCGUGCUUGUGAAACGCAUAGUCUAAUGGCAGAAGUCAACAGACAUACACUUUUUUGAUAUAUUGUAAUAUAAAAUAUUUCAAUAUAACAUUUGGUACAAUGAUUUAAAAAUCAAGUUUUUUUUUCUAAAUCUUAACAUAGAUAAAAGAAUUACAUUUUCAAAAUAAUUUUGCAGAACGUACCAUAUUUAUAGACUGUGACGUGGCAUUUUCGGUAAUGCACGUCAUAAGGUUAUUGUCGAAGGAAGUUGGAGUACGGGCUGAAUUUACAGCCCGCUAUGAAAUAGGCGUCCACUGGCGAAGGUCGGGAGAUCACCGAGAAAAAUAAGAUCUGUAAAUUAAUUAUGUUUAAUUUUAACUUGUACCUACAAAUGAGCGUAUACUCAUCGACACGGAGAACUAUGAAGAUGGCUAUGACUGCGUGGGAUGACAUUAUCGGCCCCAUCGGGUUGUUAUACGGACCGUUCGACCAAGCCACCACUGCUGGAGCCCGCCAAAGUCAAACGACUCAACUCUCAUCGCCAAUAUCCCAGCCGCCACCAGCACCAGGAAUGCCUGUGAAGGGGUUAUUGUCUUACCUGUCCGCACGCCAAGAAACUCCUGCUGCCUCUACCGAUGUGCUCCUGCUAACUGACAUCGGGAUGCGAGUCCGGACUACUUGCAGGUGAACCUGCUUCUGCCGGGAAGAAUCCUCGAAAUACCCGGGUAAAGGGUCAGCUUGUCUCCCAUCCUAGGAAAAUCUUAUGUCCCGUGGGCGCGAUAGGGCUUCCUCCGAAGACGUGUAGCAAGACGCCGGUCAGGGACCUGCAAGGCACAAGAAGCUGUCAUUCAGAGAAACAUCCAAAUACAAAAUACGGAGCAGAGGAAAUGGCCCACCAACCUACAGGAAAGCUGCAUACAUUACUGGUGGCCGUCAGUCAGCCAGAUUACCUGCACGGGUAAACUCCUGUUAACUACAGAAAUUCGCAGUAACAGGACACCAUCCCGGAACAUCCCCAUCCUGGAACACGAAAUACACUUCGCGGUGAACACAUCUUCAAAGCCUCACAAUAACAAUAUGCGGAUGGCGGCAUGAUAGCGCAGAAGACGCCAGUACCGCCCUACGUCGGAGCGCUAGCGAAUUAAUAUUACUGAGAGGCUUGCGCGGAGGAUGCGCUCGCAACUGCUCCAACGUUUAAGCUACCUGAUAGGGUUCAUAAUCCUAGAUCCUGGUGACCUAUGAUCAAUAAGCACCUAGAAUUGGCGGAAGUAAACGCGAUGAGUAAUUGACCAAUUAUAAUAGGCAGUUAAAGACUCGGGUACCGGAAUCAUCCUCUUUCUUUGUGAACCUUCCUACCAAGUGGACGCAUUUUUCACUAUUUCAGAAACAAGCCAACCGAAAUGGAUGGAUGCACAAGCAUCCAUCGAAGAGAUUCGCCGCCGAGUUAAUAAUUUAUACAUACUAGUCCACGAGUGAAGUGUGAGUUUUUAAUAGUGGUGGUUUCCCCGAUUAUGGCGAAGAGCCUGUUUUGAAUCGUCCGUUAGUUCUCUUUUAUUUUAUGCGUUUAUUGAUUUUUAAUUUAGUAUACUUGACCGGAUAUUUCCGUGAGUGUAACGUAACUUUCUUUGGUUCACUGAAUCGCGGUGUGUAGGAAUUCCUCGUAGGGGCUGUAAUAAGAAUGGCUACCUGGAAUAGCAUAAAUCCCGUCGCGGAUACCUGAGUCUUAGUGACUUCUGAAAUUCGCGAGGAUAGGAGCCAGUGGGCAUAUGGUGAAUCAGCUACCUAGGGUAGCGUAACUUUCAUUACAAAUAGAAGCCAACCCGAGUGUCUACCACGCGAUUUCGAGUCGUAUAUUAAUUCUCAUUAUUUUCUGUAUUUUUCAUUGUUAUAUUAUUUCACCGUGAUUUUAUAUCUUGACGACUUUUUAACCUUUCUGUUUCAACUACUGAUCUUAUUGUAUUAAAUAUGUUAUUGUAUGAGUUUGAGAUUUUAGGCUUUCGUGACCAAUAUUAUCAUUAAUACUCAUGAUUUUCGGAUGGAAGCCGCGUCUGUGUUCAGCUUUGUGCCGACGUUUCGCAAACAUUUCAAUUUGCAUCAUCAGGGCUAGGAGGUUCCGAUACUGAAGCUCCCUCUUGUCAGGAAGUCUUAUUACACCUAUGAUUGCUCAUGCGGAUCAGUGCUUCAGCCGAUCACAAGUUGUUUAGCUGAUCAGUUAAAAAAAAAACCUAAACUCACUUCCCUGCUCCUGUGGAAAAAUGUACAUAGGUGACAUCGGGAAGAAGAUCAGUACUCGGGUCAAAGAAUAUCAACGGUGUACCAAAUACGGUAAUUUUUCUCAAUCUGCCCCAGCUGAUCAUGGGAUGAGCACAAGAGAGACGACAGAAAUGCUAGCUAGUAAGGGUUACUUCACCCGAAAACACCGCGACGGUCUAGAGAUAUUGAAACAUCCAAAUAACCUUAAUAAGGAUCGGGGAUACCAAGUAAACCCCAUUUGGCAGACUGUCCUCCCGGUUUUUUAAUUGAUCAGCUGAAAUCAGCUGUUCUUGAAAUAUACGUUUCUAAGAAAAUGCAAAAAAAAUUUAUUUUUUUUACCCAAUUAAUAGGGUUCUUCCCAUAAGCAUUUAUGUUUUACUGAAAGGGCAAUUACCUAUUGUUGGAUAUUUUUUCGGUGAACACGCUUUUCAACUUUCCGCAGCCCGUAUUUUUCUUCGGGAUUCUGAUCUUGCCAUGUGAAUAUCAGGACCAUCUUGACCGGCUUUACAUGGAUGGAUACGUUGAUUAAUUAAACUCUGCUAGGAUUUUUUUUCCACCGUCAACUAUCUGUUUUACCGACGCAUUUAAUGAGACUAGAACGUGAUGCAUCUCGUGGGCAACAUUCACCGUUCUCUUUCUCAAAUUCGUUCGUUGAAAUCGAUGUUUCUGUUUGAUAUUGUAUUUGCCGAUCUGGAACAUGAGGCAUCUCGCAAAUAAUGCUCACUGCUACCAUCGUCGGACCUAUUUGCUGCGUGCUGCCUUUCUCACCUGAUUGAGGUUCAAUGUUUUCAAUUAAAAUAUGACGUUCGCCUGGUUUUACCAGUGACAUCUACAGUAUUUUCUUUGUCGAUCGCGAACUUUCUCGUCAAACUUCCCAAGCAUGAAGAAUAGACUGUAAGGAGGCCGAUCUUUGGGUUCUGAAAGCAUGCCUGAACUUCGGGAUUUGUAUCGAUACCUCUCACGAUCAACAGAGGCAUUCCACUCGCAUGUCUGUGUACUGUGACGUGAUUCUCCCGAAUCGCGCCACAAAAAUUAAUAAAUUUUCUUGUCCGCUCAACCUAGGCUCCGCACGACAAUCCACUAGCGAAAUUCCGUCUGCGACAUUACUCUUAAGUUCUCCGUUUGUGUACGUCUACUAUCGUUCUUGAUAUCAGUUCCGAUUACGUUUUCUAAGACUAAUUAAUCUUUUGUUUUUGUUACGAUAUACUCCAUCUCGACUCUCGAGUCUGUCGACUACGACAUAAGGGCGUGAGGACAGGACAGCCACAUUGGAGAUUUUAGAGUAUUUUAUGGCGAUUCCGUUUGGCUGUUGAUGCCGAUUUUGAGACUUUUGACGUAAAGGACAACCUUGGAGAGAUCAGCGCGCCGCUCCCACCGACCAAGAGAUGCCCGCCGGUUCCGUCGACCGGGAUGUCGCUGGGAUCCUGCUGCUGCCAUGACGCCAAAGAAGCCCUGGAGCACCCGGGAGGGGACUCCGCCGUUUCCGUCGGCCGGCGAGGGCUGCCCUCUGGGCCUAUUCACCGCCGAUACGGUCAGCAGGGAGACGAGGCUUUCCUCCCUGGCCCGCCUAAGGCUGAUCGCCCACGUCAACGCCUUCGUCCGGCCGAGAAGCCGCCGACCUUCCUUACUCGCCAGGCCCAGAGUACUUCGAGGGCCGUGCCGUCAGGAUCGCCGUUCGUCUCUUCUCGGCCGUUUCCGCCGCUGCGCGUCGACGCUUGGGAGAGCUCGGCUACCCUCGUCAACAUUCGUCCCGUUCCGAUGCCGUCCCGCCUCAUGUGCCCGCGUGGCGACAAUCGUGAUCGAUAAUUCAUUGUCGUGCGAAAUCUGAGAGCAAAUCUACGUGUGGAAAAAUCGGAGAUCGAGAAACAAAGAGAGCUAGAGAGAGAAAGAGAGAGAGAAAGAGAUAAAGACGAAUAUUGCCUUGAGGGUCUAUUGGACCAAGCGUUAUGCUUUAAUUUUCUAUUUUGUGGUGAGAUCUUUCACUUUCCUUAAAGUUUUCUGAUCUUUGUGUAUUGAAGAUUAUAGACACGUGCACGGCUAAACCGUCCGUUUAGCCGGUGACGAAGUUUCCUUGCCGUUAUCGGGCGAAUGUCUUUCCGCCUAGUAUCCUAUAAAGGACGAUAGUGCCGUUAUUAUUUAUAUUUUUGAGUUUCCGAUUUUGCGCUUUUCCUAAAUAAGUUUGUGAUUGCUAUUCAUUUGUAACUACAGAAUUUCUGGAAUCUUCGCCUAGUGUGCACGUGGGAAUUUGUCUGCCAGAGUGUUUGACCUCGGAUUAACCGGCUUAGUUGUUUUAUAGCCAGAUUCUCGCGCGGCCGAUUGUAUCAUUUUGUCAAUUAUUCUAAGAUAUCGUUUACCGACAUAUUAUUGUUCUCUUUUCUGCAAAUGUAUUGUGAGACUUCCGAACCCUAAGUUCUGUUAAAGUUAGGGGCGAGCCCACGCCGUUUUUGCUUUACUUAAUCGGAAUCGUAGUGUUUCGCCUAUUUUCCUCUUUCAAAGUGAAAUAAGUUAAACGAAAUUCUUUUCUUGUUUUUGCUAAUCUUUCGUGGCCUUUGCUGAAGUGUGAUUCCGAAUUUCAUAUUUCUACUUUUGUAUGCGAUAUCUUCCGUUCUGAUUUCUGUGAUUUAUUGAGGAUGUACUGUAUCUGAUUAUCGUUGCCGAACGUUAUAAUGAAUCAUUGUAAUUUCGUCUUUAUAUUCUCGAUGGAACAUUGGUGAAUUUUGCGUAUCGCACACGUCCUUUCGACGUCGCGCGCUGGCCGCCCUCCGAGGCAACUUUGCUUGUUGACGUUUCUCGACGUCGCGCCUUCGGCCAAUUUCAAACUUGUACUACCCGUUCCGAGAACGUCUUUCCGCUGCAACGAUAAUGAAAUACUCGUUAUAAUAUUCUAUAUUUUUCUGACUGUGAUAUUUUUCCUGUGCCAUAUCUUGUAUUAAUUUAUUGUGAUUUUUCUAAUUAUUGUGCUACUUUUCGUGUCCGCGAUUUUCGAACUGGUGUUAGCGAACCCGCGUGUAUUAUCCUGUGUUGGGUUCCUUCGUAGUUAUAAUUUCUUUUGCGUGACUCUUUCGUAUUACUGUUGCCGACCGCGGUUAUAAUUUCGCGCGUGCGAGAAUUGGAACCGCGCUGUCCGUUCCGCUGCCGUUCCUCUGCCGUUCCUUGAGUUCCGAUUUUUUUCAUUAUCGUUAUUUGAUUAUUUGAUUUUAGAAAGAAUUUGUUAGUUUAGUUCGACUAAUUCGAUUAUUCCGACCAUAUCCUCUUCCGCGCCUACCGUUUCUAGAAAUAUCGAGCCCGCGUGCCCGCGUCUUAAUCGCGUGCGCACUCACGCGUAGCGCCGUCGGCCGUGAGUUUCCGAGAAGUAUAAUGCGCCUAUAAGUUUCGAAAUUCUAUGUAGUGCUUCUUAUUUCGUUUGCAUUGUAUAGCUUCCAAUUUUGGGAUACCGAUCCUUGUGAAUUAAUUUUAAGACUUUUGUGAAACUAUGCUUGGCUUUCGCUCGCCUUAUCAGUAAUGCCAGAAUUAUUGCUUUUGUACCUUUACUAUUGAGUUCCUCGAUUGUUUGGAUUUUGUCUCUGCUUAAUACAGCUCUGGUGCGUUAACUAUU